AUGGUGGCUCCCAGAGAUUCAGCCAGCCCUUAUUUGUGGUCAGAGUUGUCCGUCGGCGCGGAGUAUCCGCAUCUACCUGUGAGCAUUCAUGAGUCGCUCAUCAACAUUGUUGAAGGCAAAACAAAAGUGUUAAUCCUGCAAAUCCCCUAUAUACAUUGGCUCCGGAAGAAGCUGAACAAAUCGGCAUUGACCGCUUCACGAGGUGAAGAUGGUGGAUCUACAGAAAGAAGACUCAUUGCUGGAAUCCAGGGCCUAAGGAAGAAAGCCAGCCCCAUGGACCCACUGGACAGAAGAUACACACUACAUCAGGAAGAGUGGGCCGUCUUUGGGAGUCGGAAGUGGAGACCCAGAGUGCUGUGCAAAUAUUUGCAGGACUUCGCCGAUGUUCUCUAUGCCAGGGGAUCAAUGAACGGAGUCACGGGACUCCAAUUAGCAGUGCUCCCCAAGGAACCCCUCAUCGGAGCCAGCUUCACAUUUUCCUUUCUUCUUUAUUUCCUUCUGGCAAAAAGACACCAAGUCAUAUAUUCUUUCGGGACGUACGUCUGGGUUGUCCAGUCGACAAAUGGACUGGCGCGGAAAAGGGAUGAGCACAGAGCGGAAUGGAUUUAUAAGCCAAGGGACCGGCAAGUUUCUCAUCCGCGAGAUCCCGGGAUUCUCGAAAUUAAUUUCAAUGCAAAGGACUUCUCUCAUUCACCAGUACUCACCUCGAAAAGGCUGCCGCGGUACUUGGGCGGGUCCCAGGCCAGGACUGAGACAUUCUGGUACAGCGGAGAGUUGAGGAAGUCGAACUUGGGUUUCGAUACUAUCUGCGAGUUGAUGACCCGGAAGGUCGUCUUGGUCCCGACGUCUUUCUCAAAUCCCGUCACUGGCGCACUUGCCGAUUUCGUGACCAAGGUUGGACCCCAGCAGAGACCCAGCGUUGGUGACAACUGCGCAAGAAUUGAAACGUUCUCCUUGCAGAAACUGGCCUUCCGGGAAGAAUUUCCCCAUGCCAGUCGUCUUGAACGGCUCGUCUUUUCUCCCCAGAGUCCGAAGCGUCACUUCGUUUUUCAGCUCACACAUCAGCCCGGCUAUCGACUUUCGCUCCGACAGCUUCAAUCGUUUUCCCAUUACUGCUCUUUUUCAGAUUUCGCAUCCGUGCAUUCAGUAUUGCCAUUUCAUCAAGCAGAAGAACGUGGAUCAAAGCAAAUGAUCUCACCCAUAGCGAUUGGUCUUGCCCCGCGCCUCUUGAAGCAAGGCAUUUCGAAGCUGCACCAGCAGCUGAGUCUUGUAGCUCUUUGCUCUGUCGACUGCCACGGCACUGCCGUUGCCACUCAUCGGCUCUUCCAAGAUGGCGAACUCCUCGCUGAACUGCAAGGGGAACAUCCGCGCAGCAGCUGCGGCGUCAAUGUCGUCCCACGCCCGCCCACGCGGCGGCGUGCGCUGCUUCCGCUCCGGUGCGUGGGUCUCUGCGUACUUCCAGUACUGCGCCCACAGGAUGUACACGUAGCACCACAUGCCGAGGAACAUGGUGUUGACAAACAUCCAGACGGACACGGCCGCCAAGCCGUAGGACUACAACCCGAGCGCGAAGGCGGCGGCGGGGGUGUCAGUGCUGAUGCGUCUAUUCCUCGUUGCAAGGAGAAGACAGCGCAUAAUAGCAAUGCCAGACGUCUUUUCCUUAGCUUGAAGGAAGAAUCGUUGCAGAUGCAAAGGAAUGCUUUCAAUUGCGUAGGAACAGGGUUCUCUUGGUGCUCGUCGGGUUUUAAAGCAGCCGCAGCUGUCGACUCUGAGAGAUCAUCAUCGAGCCCGAGCUUUUCAAUAUCCCGUCGUGUUGCUGCGACGCGGUGCUGCUUAAUCACGAGCCAGGCCUGGGAACAUUUGCACAGACCGGAAGAGCCGAGGGCAGCAAGAAUGGGUCGAAGGAAAUUAUCGGGGGGGAAAGGGAAAUCGAUGAAAACUCCUCCUGGCGUUGGACACUCCCGGAGGAUCAACUCCGGAAGCUGUUUCCCGGCAUCGACAGUGUCGAGGGCUUUGGUCCGACACGCCGCACCGCGUCAAGGGGAGAAAGAUACAAGUGACUUCUCACGCCGAGAAGAGUAUCGGGCGAGACGGACGAAAAAUUACGCACCCGAAGCCCGCAUCCUGCUCUCCAUGGAAAGCAAAUCUAAUUUAACAUCACACGACAUUGAUCUUUCAGCGAAAGUUUACUCUGUGCCCGGAGUCCAACCACUUUUCUUCCUCUUCUUCUUCUUCUUCUCCUCUCCCAAGCUCUUGAUACCUGCAGAGCGGGCAUUAGCAGCAGUAAUGCGGCGAUCGACUAGCGCGGGAUCCGGGAUUAACGACCCGUGCCCCACGGGGUUGCGAUGGCAGCAGAUUCCAGCGACACACACACACCGUCUCGGCAAUCAUGGAAUGAUGUACCCGUGUUGUUGCGAAGAGUAA